AUGGAGCGGCUCAUCCUCACCCAUCUCCGCUCCGUGGUCAGCCCCACCCUGGACCCGCUGCAGUUCGCCUACAGGCCCAACAUCGGAGUAGAGGACGCCGUCAUCUACUUCCUGCAGCGGACGCUCUCCCACCUGGAGCCUGCCGGGAGCGCUGUGAGGGUCAUGUUCUUCGACUUCUCCAGCGCUUUCAAUACCCUCACUGCAUGGACCAUCAACUACCUCUCAGAGCGACCACAGUACGUGCGGCUGCGUAGCUUCCCAGGCGAACCACAGUGGCCACGGCUCCAUGCACUCUCUGGACGUGGACGUGGGAGCAGGGACCCUGUGGAGUUCUGCAGGGACAGCCUGAGGAGGGUACAGUCCACCGACAGCCUGGGCUCCAGCGGGUCCCCACAGCAGGGCCUGGGCAAGGCCAAGUCCUCCAGCCACCUGGACGAGUCUGACUUUGGCCCCCUGGUGGGCGCAGAUGGUCUGGUGGACAGCAGCCUUGGAGACUCCUCCUCUCUCAGCUCUGUGAAGUUACCAGCCACACACUUCCUGCUGACCAAAGACCAGGAGAAAGCCAUCAAAGCCAUGACCCCGGAGCAGGAGGAGACGGCCUCGCUGCUCUCCAGCAUCUCCCAGGCCCCAGACACCGGCUUCCUGCCUCCAGGCUACAGGCUGGUGAGCGACAGCGAAUGGAGCCUGCUGCAGCAAGAGCUGAAGAACGCAGGUCGAAAGCUUGGCCGCAGGUGUGAGCUUUGUUCCAACUACGAGAAGCAGCUGCAGGCGAUUCAAGGCCAGGAGGCAGAGACACGGGACCAGGUGAAGAAGCUGCAGCAGAUGCUGCGUCAGGCCAACGACCAUCUGGAGAGGACCAUAACGGAGAAACAGGACCUGGAAGACUCUGUCAAACUGGGCAACGAGGAGACCACAGCCAAGGUAGCAGCUCUGAUGCAGAGGGUGCAGGAGUCUGAGUCUCUGCUGAAUUCUCUACAACAGGCCUUUAGUGACGCCAAACACAGCACACAGGAGCAGAUGAGUGCUCUGAUGCAGUCCCGGGAGCAGCUGGUGGAGGAGCUGAGGCGUCUGCACAGAGACAACGAGAACAUCCUGAACAAGCAGCGGCUCCAUACAGAGCUCCAGCAGCAGGAGGACUUCGGCAUGCCCUCCUCUGAGUCUGAGCUGCAGAGCCUGGUGCUGCAGCUCCGGCAGGACCUGGUGAACCUCCGAGCUGCCACAGAACAUCAGGAGGAGAAGCUAAAGGCUGAGAUCCUGUUCCUGAAGGAGCAGAUCCAGGCCGAGCAGUGCCUGAAGGAGAACCUGGAGGAAACCCUGCAGACGGAGAUUGAGGGCUACAAGGAGGAGAUGGCGUCCUUCUCCAGCCUCAGGACAGAACUGGAGCGAGUCAAAGCCGAGAAGGAGCAGUUACAGAAGAGUCUGAGGGAGAAGACGGAGAAACUGGAAGCUGUGGAGAGUCUGAAGAUCAGUCUGGAGCAACAGAUGACCGAGCUCCUCUCAUCCAAGAGGGCGCUGGAGAGUCAGGCUCUAGAUGAGAAGGACAAAGCUCAGCGGCUGCAGACGGAGCUGGACGUGAGCGAACAGGUUCAGAAGGACUUUGUCAAACUCUCUCAGACGCUGCAGGUCCAGCUGGAGAGAAUACGACAGGCCGAGUCCUUGGACCGGAUCAAAGCCAUCCUCAACGACACCAACUUGACCGACAUCAACCAACUCCCGGACACAUGA